AAUGGAGUCUACUGGAUCAUUUGUAUGAACAAAGUGAUAUCUGAUUAACCUUGAUGGCUAAGCGUAAGCCCCUAGCCCCCUACCUUUUCUGACGCUAGCGGUACCGCUCGCUUUGCCCACCAAACAGGGCAUAAUAUGAUAAAUCUUUUGUUGUCCCUCGUCUCCAAUCUCCAUGACCCAUCCCAAAAAUUGCCUAAACCCUCCACAACUGCCUUCCGAUUGGUGCUUGUCCAUCUUCGAUUUGGUAUUCAGAGAUUGUUAGCGGACGAGUCGCAGCAGGAAAGCCUUGCAAUAGGAGAUCGGAAAAGCGCCAGGGCAAGUGUGGUUGAAAAUUUUCAACGGUGAGUUCGUUCGUUCUGAGCUAGCUCUCCAAUUAUCUUCUUCUGCUGUGCUUGAUCUAUUUCUCUCGCAAUGUUAAGUUAUCAAUGGACCAAAAGAACGCAAUUAAUGCGACUUCCAUUACGAAAUUUGAAUACCCAUUUGGGAUUGUUUGAUAAUCAUGAAUAUCUUAUUAUCGCCAAAUCGUUUUCAUCAAGCAAUCAGAAGAUUUCAAUGGCAUACCAGCAAGAGAAGAAACUCCCGUUUACUGUGUCUUAUCUCAUAAACUCAUGUGGGUUUUCCUUAGAAACUGCGAAAUUGUUGUCCAAGAGGGUCAAUUUUAAAAACCCUAAGAUACCAGAUUCUGUCCUUCAACUUCUCAGAAACCAUGGACUCACCAAUACUCAAAUCUCCAAACUCAUCAAGACAACACCGAGACUUCUAAUGGCCAACAAGGAGACCCUUUUACCCAAACUUGAGUUUCUUCAGUCUGUGGGGAUUUCAGGAGCUGCCCUUGCAGAUGUGGUCAGUUCAAACCGGAUUUUCUUGUGCCAGAGCCUAAAGAAUCAAAUCAUCCCCACUCAUAAUUUCUUAAAGAACUUGCUCAAAGAUGAUGAUAAGGUUGCACAUGUGCUAAAGCGUGCAGGUUUCUUCCAUGAUUUGCAUAAUAUUGCUCCUCCCAAUAUCUCACUCUUACAACGUCUUGGAGUACCACAUUCAUCUAUGUUACUACUGGUCAAGCGUGAUGCUCCAGUGCUGUGCCUUAAGGCUGAGAAGUUUGAUGAAUUUGUCAAGAUGAUUAGUGGAAUGGGAUUUGACCCUUUGGAGAAGAAUUUUAUCAUUGCACUUGAGACAGUUGCUGGAUUGACUCAUGAUUCAUGGGAACGCAAAUUGAAAGCCUUCAAGGAGUGGGGUUUGUCCAAAGAUGAAAUCUUGUUGGCUUUUAGACGAUUUCCCAAUUGCAUGACUUUGUCUGUGGAGAGUGUCUCAAGAAAAAUGGAUUUCCUUGUGUCGAAAAUGGGUUGGGAAUCACCCGCUGUUCUUAAAGCACCAUGUGUUCUAAGAUAUAGCAUGGAGAAAAGGUUAAUUCCCAGGUGUUCAGUAAUUCAAGCUUUGCUUCUCAAAGGGUUAAUCAAGAAAAAACCUGCCUUAUCUAGUUUUUUAAAUCCCGCUGGCGAUAUCUUUCUGCAAAGAUUUGUAAAUAGAUACCAAGAGCAAGAGUCUCAAUUGUCUGAUAUCUUUCAAGGGAAAAUGAAACUUUCAGAUUUGGGAAUUGGAUUUGGAGUAUCUGAAUUGUUACCGUUGUAGCUAGUGAAGGCAUUGUUUCACUUUCUCCUGUUACUUCUUUUAAGCGUUCUUGAAAUAUAAUUGCGUGCUUCCUUGAAGCUGGGGAGAAGCAUAAGUAGCUGGAUUCCGUUCUCUGUGUUAUAUGUGAUUAUGUGAAUCUCUCUUUCUCAGCAGUCCAUCAUUCUCUCCUAGAUGUUCAUGGACAGGCCUUCAUGGGCAAGCUGGACUAUACCUGAACCUGAUCAAAAAUCAGUGGCAAAGGCCAAAGGGUGUGGAUUAUGACGUGGCUACCGAUCAUUUUAAGUUUGUGCAUUCAAUUUUGUGAAGUAGAAGAAUAAGAUGACAUCUCUGGAAUUUUUUUUUGAUGGAAUCUGAAUCUGGGCAAUGAAUGUACCUUCUGUUGUAGCCGCAGCAUAUAUUUUCUUCUUUUGAAGAUUGUGCAACAGUGGUUAGCAAAUGUCCAAGGAAACAUGUUGCAUCAGAGUUUCAAGAAGUGUAAUUAAGUAGCAGGAGGACCAGUUGAAUUGGAACCCUAUUGCUCUAAACGUGAACCAAACCAUAUUUUUUGUUUUCAGGUUUGAUCAUGCCUUUACAAUAGAAUCUAUUGGAAGCGUCAAAAGGGUGUAUGUGUUUUUGUCUAAACUUCUAUGUUUGCGGCCUUGACAACCUGUGUUUUGAUCCA